GUUAAGUUGCAUUCUUUUUACCACCGCAUUCAUUUCAUCUCUGUUAAAAAACUCAUUCUCUGUUUUUUUGUCAGUGUCGUUUCGCUUUAUUCGGGAGAGGUAAAACAUGACCGUUCUUUCCAAGAAUGAAGCUUUUUUUGUUGCUUCAAAUCUUGGUGGGUUGGUGGUCCUUCACAGACUCAACCCAUCCACCCAACCCUAUUAACGUCAGAUUCGAGUCGUUGAAUCUGAUGAACUCGGUUCACUGGCGACCAGGCAAAGGAACACCGGAUGGCACAAGCUACACGGUGCAGUUUGCCUUAUACGCGGAUAUUCUACCGGACAGCAAACUGUUAAACUGGAGGCCCGUAGCACGGUGCGAGGAAACGGAACGAACAUGGUGUGACCUGAGCAGCCAGACAUGGGAUUUCGAACAAGGUUACUACGCACGAGUGCGUGCUAUAAGCCCCUCUGGUUUUUCAGAGUGGGUCGAGACGAGGCGCUUUCAUCCAAAAUUUGACACUGUUUUCGGGCAACCUGAAAUUACAUUGGAAGUGAAGGAAAACACAGCCAUCGUCCACUUAACUGCGCCGGUUCGAUAUCAACCUGAUGAGCGCGCCCCGCCCAUUAGCAUGGCAACACUCUACCCGCAGAUGACCUUCAACCUCUCUGUUCAGGAUACACGCCAGGACCAAGUGCACCAUUUUACAGUGACAACAAACGUCUACAAAUACAGACUACGGAGUUAUGACACAGACUAUUGCUUCUCAGCAAAGGUCCGAUUCCUUUACCAUCGUUAUCAAUGCAACCAGUCCGAAAAGCACUGCAUAACCACAGGCAAAGAUCCCGUCACAAGCCAGGUGCAGAGUGUAGUUGUGGGUAUCGUGGUUCCGUCGCUGUUCAUCUGCAUUUUUCUGGUGGUCGGCUACGUUCUCUAUCACUACCUAAGGGGGAAUGGACAGAAAAAACCCGACGCCCUGAACUUCACUGUUCUGCAAAUCCAACCCUUUGCUUUACCAGACAGCGUCAUUAGACCUUUGCGAGAGGAGAACUCCUCGGACGAUGACGACGACAAGGACAAUAACGCAUCAGAUUUUGGACUUUCCUGUGCCGCGCCGCGUCCGCAAGAACCACCUGUGCCGGAAGAAACCUGCGAUUACGGCAGCGUGGUGGCUACAGUGGAUGUUCAGCCCCAAGAGUCCCACAUCGGUAGCUACAUGCCGCAGGAGCAAAGCAAACAUCCUACGGAAAACAAGACUGAUUUUCCAACGCCAUAUUUGGCUAAUAGCUUUCCAAACAGCCUUAAAAUGCCCGUGAAAGACAUGUUGCAGUCAACGGGGAGCUCAUACAGGAUGCGUAAUGAAGAUGUUCAGACCGAGGAGCCUCCAUCCGAAAGCUACGCCGUGUUAGUACCGAGUGGAGCGGACCAAGAUGAGGCAGGACUGGUCUGUAACUGGGACCCUCAAAAGAGAGAGCUGGUGCUGCCUGGGCUGGAGACGGCGCUGUUAGAGCCGGAGGGUGAAGGCGAACGGAAGAAGGGCGUUUUAAAACUAGAAAAGGUCCAUGUCAGGCAAUUGUCGCAGGAAGAGCAAGAGGCGUUGACGCAGGAAGAGAGCCCUGCGGGGUGGGUCAUGGAGGAUUUUACCAAAAAAUACGACUUGCAAUUCAAUUAAUACGUUGCGCUGCCCUAACACAUCUUGCAGGGGUCUGAUUAGCCUUUUAAAGAAAUUAUUUUCAUGUUUAACUGUAGUGUUUGUAAAUUUUGAGUGUUUAUGUCUUUAAAAUGUGGUACUUGAUUUGUUCAUACAGUUGACUGACUCGGUAUGAGUCGUUUGUGCAAUAAACCGAAUUGUAAUUGCACCGGCGACUGUGUUUGUGGGGCAUUACAUUACAUUCUAACAAGCAAUGGUAAGCAGUUUUAAAAGAGCUAACAAUAAUAAGUUACUGUCAAGUUAAAAAAUAGACCCUUAGGUAGACAUUUGUAAAAUUACCCAAAAAUAAGGAGAGACGACACUCAGUUUUCUUGGACAAGGAGAGCAAGGAGGGACUAGACAGAGAAAUGUUAGAUUACGCUGUACAGUCACCAAAAUUGAUCUAAAAAAACCUCCUUGCUCUUUCUUUUAUUAGGGGUUCGUCCUAACACAGAAGGGUGCCGCCCUAAAGGGAGGGGGAAAGCAAGCUGUAGACACCCAUGUGAUUUUGGUUGGCUAUGUGUUAGCAUGUAGGUGGAACUAACUAAAUACACGUGUGUAAUCAAGGGCACUUAGGUAAAGUGGUCAGAAUGACCCAGACACUUCAGUUAUGCAACGCUGCGGCCAUGGAAAAUGUCCUCGAAUGGAAGAUUGUCCUCGAAAGUCUAGACGAAAGUCCAGACGUAAGAUGCUGAAGAUGUCCUAGAAGGUCUAGUUACGCAAUGUUGCAGCCAUGAAGCAAGGCAGUUGUCACCCCGACCCUUUUUAACACUUUGUAACACUUAAAUAUUAUACCUAGUAUAGCAAGCAACAAUCAUUUACUGGUUAUAUCAAAUAAGAAAAAAUAUGGCAAUAUGUAUUAUGUAUGUAUUAGGUAUAUGAGCACAAGCAAAUAUUCAAUCAAUCAAGCAAAUAUUCAAUCAACCCUCGAUAAUUAACUCAACAGUUACCUUCAGAUUAGAGCAGGGUGGUAAACCGAAAAUUUACCGUUACCGAAAUUCUUCACGAUGACCGACGUAAUUUUGACCAUGUCGGUAAAUUCGGUAAUUUAAUAAAAGAAGAAAAUAUAGUCUUUUCAUCCCGCUUUGACUCUGUGUUGUUCGGCUAUGUUCAUUCCCCUUUAAGAAAACAGACAGUGUGCUUACGUAUGGAGUCACAUGGUUUUCAGGAAGCCAAUCAAACAGAAGCCCGGUAGGCUAACGCUAGCUGCUAACGCUAGCGGCUAACGCUACAAGUAAACGGGAUGAAGUCGGGCUUAAGUUAACUUCGCCAAACUUUCACCCGACAUUAAGUAAACUCUUGACGGGUUCCAGAUAGGGAUGGAAAAACCGAGGCUUUCUGAUGCAAUGAACCACUUUUAAGACAAUUGCCCUAAAUUGAAUCACUGUUUGACACACUGCAAGAGCCCCAUCUACUGGAUAAACAGUGCACGUUUCUUUUUAAAAGUAAAGUUGACAAAUUGCCUCAGCAUUACAUAUCUUCAAUAGAAUUAAGUAGAUGUCGUCUAUUUCAACCAGGAGAUCGUGUCGUCAUUAAGUGUGAUUUACACAAUUAAAGUUGACCUCUUUAAGCCUGUGUCAUUGCUUUUGUCUGUGAAGAUGUGUUCAAAGCAGUAUUUGUAAUACACAACAGUGGUAGUCUUGUAAGUGGCUCGUCCUAGAUGACGGGGAGUAACUAUGUAUUUAUUUUUUGUAAAAAUUACAGUACAGUAAGCACAGUGCUUGGGAACAGGAAUAUUAUUUAUUGCAUACUGUAAGGAUUUCCAAAAUCAUAAGAUGUAAAUAAUUGAGCCGAAUAAAAGAAAGGAAAGGUUUGUGAAACAUUUUAUUUUUUAAUUAAGUAUAAUUUCUGGGGGACGGGUGGAUGUGUCGUAUUUGUAUCUAUUCUAAAUAUCCAAACGUAUGCCACUAUCUAGUGUAUAACAAUGCGGAAUGAAUUUAAUGAAACUCAAGUGAUGAUAUUUUUCAAGUCAUACAAGCUGUUAUAAAUAUUCACACAAGAAUUCUUAUUGUUUACAAGAUUUUUUUUUAAUACUUAAUUUUUAGACUGCAUGUGCAAUUGUUAAAUUGAAAGCUGGUAAAUUUAACGAGAAACUGUUAAUUUGUAUUCCAUGCAUUGAUUCAAAUUUUCAAAUUAUAUAACAGUUUGCUUGGGCGAAUUUAUCGUCAUUUAUCGUUAUCGAGGUAAAUCUGCUCAAUUUAUCGUGAUACGUACUUAAGG